AUGGCUUGUCAACAAGCCCGUAAAGCAGGCAAUAUUAAUGAAGCAAUAAAUUAUAUAACAACUAGUGUUAGAAGCUGUGAAAACGUUGGUGCCAUCAGUACACACCAUCGGUUUGAAAUGGGAAUGACAUAUUUAAUGAAUUUAGACAUUUCAACAGCAAAAGACAUAUUUGAAUUACUUUUUUAUGGUAAUACCAUAGUUUUCACUGGAAAGAAAGGAUCAAUAAGACUUCGAGGAUCAGUGAAAGAUUCCGUUCAUUUUACUUCUCGUGACGGCA